UCCGCCGUCCCUUGCCCGCGAACCUGCUCCCAAGAUGGCGGCGCCCAGCGGAAGUAGGCAAGGCGGCGGCGCGAGCUUGUGGGCCGCGCUGCUCCUGGCGGCUGUGGCGCUGAGGCCGGCGGGGGCGGUGUCCGAGCCCACGACGGUGGCGUUUGACGUGCGGCCCGGCGGCGUCGUGCACUCCUUCUCCCACAGCGUGGGCCCUGGGGACAAAUACACCUGUGCAUUCACCUAUGCAUCUCAAGGAGGGACCAAUGAGAGGUGGCAGAUGAGUCUGGGGACCAGUGAAGACCACCAGCACUUCACCUGCACCAUCUGGAGGCCGCAGGGCAAGUCCUACCUGUACUUCACGCAGUUCAAGGCGGAGGUGCGGGGCGCCGAGAUCGAGUACGGUAUGGCCUAUUCAAAAGCUGCUUUUGAAAGAGAGAGUGAUGUUCCCCUGAAGAAUGAGGAAUUUGAAGUGACCAAAACAGCAGUGUCCCACAGGCCUGGGACCUUCAAGGCUGAGCUGUCUAAGCUGGUGAUCGUGGCCAAGGCGAUGCGCAGUGAGCUCUGACCAGGAGCCCUGCUGAGGGCGGCUCUUCCCGUCUCCCCUGAAGAGGCCGGGCCCCAGGAGGGCUCAGAACUGAUUUUCUAGGGGGCCUGUUUGUUUUCUGCCUGGGCUGAUGUUGCCCUGUUCGGAGGGGCACACAGGGUGGCUGAAACCCCCAGACAGAGUCUGGGGGGCCAGGACCGUUCUCCAGGCUCCCACCUUCCCCGCCCCAGGGGUCAUGGCUUUUCUGAAGCCAGCACACGACUCCCCCGGGAUCGGCCAAACUCUGAGAUGUUCCCAGACAGCCAUCCUGCUGCCCUCUGACCCCAAGCCGACUGUUUUCUUAUGAUUCCCCAGGGGACUUCCUUUCGGACUAGGAGGAAAUGAAAUGUUCUUUCCUAUUUAAAUAAAUAAGACAGUUAAAAAAACAA